AGCCACAAAAUAUUACGGUUCACAAAAUGGACGAAUAAACAAGGAAGUAAAAGUAACUUGGUCGAGUUUUUACUUCCUACUUGCUCGAAACUUCAGAAUGAGUGACUAUUAUGAUGACGAUGAGCAUGGUGAUUCCAUAUACGCAAAUGACUUGACAUCAGAGCUGUUAAAUGUUCAGGAGUUAUUGAAAUCAAAAUCACUUGAAGAGCUUCUCAAGGAAGAUCGUGAUAACAUAAAAGAGAAGGAAAAAGAGAAACAGUGGUAUCAUGGACGAAUAGCCCGAGACGUUGCAGAGGAAAUUUUGAAAAAAGGACUUUUAAAACAUGGACAUCUUGAUGGUUUGUUUUUGGUGCGAGAAAGCUCCUUCUCUUCCUCAAGUUUUGUGCUGUCUUUAUAUAGUAAAGGCAUUUUCUUCCACUUCCAAAUCAAUGAGGUCAAAUCAGCACACUUCAGCAUUGAUCAAGGUCCCACAGUUCAUG